AUGGCGAUCCAUCACUGGGGCUGUGUUUGGAGAGGGCAGACCCGGGCCUGGAUCAGGACUCUGGGGGUGGUUCUGGGGGUAGAACUGGGGGUGGAUACUCUGGGGGUGGGUCUGGGAGUAGAUCUGGUGGUGGAUCAGUAUCUGGGGGUGGUUCUGGGGGUAGAUCAGGACUCUGGGGUGGAUCAGGACUCUGGGGUUGGGUCUGGGGUGGAUCAGGACUCUGGGGGUGGAUCAGGACUCUGGGGGACUCUGGGGUGGAUCAGGACUCUGGGGUUGGGUCUGGGGUGGAUCAGGACUCUGGGGUUGGGUCUGGGGUGGAUCAGGACUCUGGGGUUGGGUCUGGGGUGGAUCAGGACUCUGGGGGUGGGUCUGGGGGUAGAACUGGGGGUGGAUCAGGACUCUGGGGGUGGGUCGGGAUAG